CCGUUUUGUUAACGUUCGUUGGGAAUGUCAAAUCGUAGAGUUGCAACCGCACCGAUAAAUAUUUGCAUGUUAUCGAGCAAUCGCAAACAAGAGACCAAUUUUAUUACAAUGCCAAAAUAAAAUGAAAUAAAUCAAAAUAAUGGACGAAGUGGAUAAAAUCAUCUUGCACCAGCUGCAACAAAUCGAUGCCAGCAUUGAGUCGACGGAUCAAUUGGCCAGCUUUACGCCGGAACAGGUGGUGCGAGCUGUGUCCAGUUGUUUGUUGGAAAUCAAUCCGACAACAAUGACAGAUCUGCCUCGCUCCUUGCCCGGAGGAGCGAUGGCGCAGCGUUUCAGUGUGGCCACCGUGUUGGCCGAACGGUGCAAGGAGACCGGUUACCGUGGUGAUAUUGGCUACCAGAUAUUCCUCUAUCCCAACGCUGUGGAGCUGCGACGCCUGCUCAUGUUUCUCAUUGAGCGUCUUCCGCGUGAGCGACAGAAUGUUGAUAGUUCUGGCAAGGCACACUCAGCACUCAGCGACAGGGAGCAACUGCAGCGGGAGGUGCGCAAGAAGCUCAGCGAGCAACUAAAGGCACCUUGGGUGCCCCAAUUCUGUCGCGCCGUUGCCAACCGACAGAAACAGGGCUGCAGUAGUCAGAGCAUCGAAUUUAAGCCUCAUCUCAAUCUGAAUAUUCCAGUCGCCAACUUGGCCGAACGCAGCAAAGAGGUGCAACAGUAUUUUGAGCAGCUGGCGCCCAAUAUAUUCCAGCAGGUGGAUUCCAGCUCAUAUGAUCUCAUUGCCUCAGUGUUGCACAAAAACGAUUUGGAGCGUUGGAGUGAUUUGGUGCCGACGGCAGUGACUGGCAUAAGUGCACGAGAAGAGCCAGAGGAUGUGCCGCCUAGUCCCUUACCGCAGGUAGUCGAUAGGCUGCCGGAGAGCACGGAGAAGGAGCCGGCGACGCCAGUGCAGCAACUGGAAGAUCAAGUGCAGCAGCUGCGCGCAGAAUCAGAAAAGUUGAUGACACAGCGAAAGACGCUUAAUGUCAGCCUGGACACGUUGAGGACACGGGAAGCUGCUGCAGCCGACGAGUUGGAGAGCAUACAAGCAAUAAUCAAGCUGCACGAGCGGAGUUGCCUAGUGCUGGCUGAUCCCGAAGAGAACGUUGCCAAACUAGAGGCGCUGCUGCGUGCAACCGAAGCUAAGCGUCAAACGCUGACGCAGCAGUGGCAGGAUUACCGCAGUCCGUUGUUAAGCACUCUGGAGCAACUCAAGACGGCCAAGGAAGCGCAGCAGGUGCAGAGCGUGCGCACAGGCAUUGAGCAACUGGAACAGGAGCUGCUGGCCAAGACCCAGCUGCACAAUGAGCUCACUGUGCGCAGUGCAACGCAGACGCAACUGGCGCCACGCAAGGAAUACACGCGUCGCAUCCACGAAUUUAUUGGCAACAUCCGGAAACAGCGAGAUGAUAUCUACAAGGUGCUGGAAGAUACUCGUCAGCUGCAGAAGCAACUCAACGUGGUUGCAGCACAGCUGGAAAGGCAAUUCAACUAUACGGAUGAUCUGCUCUUCCAGAGCGCCAAGCAUGAUCUGCAUGCGAAGAAGGCCUACAAGCUGUUGGCCCAGUUGCAUGCGCAUUGCAGUGAGCUGGUCGAGUGCGUUACCAACACCGGCAACGUCAGCAAGGAGAUUCGCGAGCUGGAGGUGCAAAUCGACGGGGAAAAGAUGAAGAAUGUGCUGACAAGUCUGCAACAGAUCACGGGAGACAUCAACAAGUUUGAGCAGCACAUUCUGGAGCUGCAAUCCCAGAUACGCACAGUGGAGAAUGCAAUUACGGUCACCUAAACUAGGCGAUAAUCGACCGCAUAACGAUAUUAGGAUAUUUACUUAUGUAUUAGUGCCAAUUAUAACAGAUCACUCACGCAUAGCGUAGUUUCUUGUAGCCAAUUUAUUAUUCUAUGCAUUUUUAAAAUCUAAAUAAACGGACCUGAUCAAUUUCAAAAUGAA